AUGUCCAUGAUCACCACAUCCACCUGGGUGCCUCGAGGCUUCGCGGCGCCCUUCCCUUCGAAAUACACAUUCGACGAAAGCGAAUACGAGCGCAUAGCUGAGCUCGCCAAGUUGCAGCUGGACGACGCUGAGGAGGACCUGCAGGAGGCGCAGGAGGCGGAGGACGGUGUCGCGGCCGAGACCGUCAACGAUGCGGCCGACGCAAAGGGGUCGAAGACGGAAACUGUCAACCUUGACGACGAGGACCUGAAGGAGUACGACCUGGAGCACUAUGACGACAGCGACGAGGACGAGGAAAAGGUCGGCCAGGGCGAGGGAAUGGCCAUGUUCGGCAACAUCAAGUCGCUCGCCUACUACGAAUCGAACAAGGACGACCCGUACAUCACGCUCCAUGGCAACGGCGGGCCGGACGAUGACGACGACGAGGACCGCGAGGACCUGCAGAUCCUCGCGACCGACAACCUCUUGCUCGCCGCAAAGGUCGAGGACGAGAUGGCCCACCUCGAGGUCUACGUCUACGAGGACUCGGCUGAUAACCUCUACGUCCACCAUGAUAUCAUGCUCCCCGCGAUACCCCUCUGCGUCGAGUGGCUCGACAUCCCCGUGCAAAAGGCCGGCGUCGACAAGGACUCGACGGCCAACUUCGUCGCCAUCGGCACCAUGGAUCCGGAUAUUGAGGUCUGGGACCUCGAUACCAUCGACAGCUUGUACCCCAACGCCAUCCUGGGUCAGGCCGGCGAGGGCGCCGAGGACAAGAAGAAGAGGAAGAAGAAGAAGAAGGCCAAGAAGGCCAACGAUGAGUACCACGUCGACGCCGUCCUCGCCCUCGCGGCCAACAGGAAACACAGAAACCUCCUGGCUUCUGCGUCCGCCGACAAGACAGUCAAGUUGUGGGACCUGCACACGGCCAAGUGUGCCAAGUCGUACUCCUACCACACGGACAAGGUGUGCUCUCUCGCGUGGCACUCGGUUGAGACCACCGUGCUGCUGAGCGGCAGUUACGACAGAACGGUCGUCGCCGCCGACAUGAGAGCCCCUGAGGCGAAGGCGCCCAGAUGGGGUGUCGAGAGCGACGUGGAGAACAUCCGGUGGGACCCCCACGACCCCAACUACUUUUAUGUGUCCACGGAGAACGGAAUCAUCCAUGUCCACGACGUCCGUAACGCGCCGGCAACUCCCGAGGCGACCAAGGCGGUGUGGACGCUGCAGGCGCACGACGAGUCCGUCUCCUCGUUUGACAUCAACCCUGUCGUGCCCGGCUUCCUGGCCACCGGGUCGACCGACAAGACGGUUAAGUUGUGGAACAUCCAGGCCAGCGGUCCAUCCAUGGUGAUUUCCCGCAACCUAGACGUAGGCAAGGUUUUCUCGACGCAGUUCGCACCCGAUCCCGAGGUCGCGUUUAGACUCGCCGUUGCCGGCAGCCGUGGAACCAUGCACGUUUGGGACACGAGCACCAACGCCGCGGUUCGACAUGCAUUUUCUGAGCGCGUCCCGCAGAAGCCGGAAGGCGUUGAGGAGGACCGCCUCGUUGGCGUCCUGGAUGACGACAGCAGCUCCAGCGAGGACGAGGGCGAGGAGGGCGAGAAGGACGGUGCUGAAUCGAUGGACGAGGACGAGGACUAA